AUGGAUUCGCGAGAUAGAAAGGGUAAGGGUAUUGCCGUGGAUAAUGAUGACAAGACCAAGCGUCGGGCCCGGUUAUCCGGCAAUCCCGACAGGCUUCUUGGCGAGGCUAUCCGUGCGGAUGCGGCCGAGGCGCAUCGGAGAAAGGCUGCCAAAGUGGAGGCCGCGGCGGAGGCUGAAAGAGUGGUUGAGAGGGCUGAGAUGGAAGAGGCGAUAAGAGUCGCUGCCGAGGCCGAGCGUCGAGAAGCGGCGGAAAGAAGGAUGAAAGCAAGGGAAGAGUGCGCCCCUUGCGAUGAUUAUGACUCCGAAGAGGGAUACCACGACGGAAUCCCAUCAGAAGACUCCGAUGCUGAUUCGGAACGCGAUGACGAAGGGGUUUCAGACCGUGCUCGUCUGAAGGGCAUCCCCGAGAUUAUCAAGAUGCCGGAACACGCUAAAUCCAAGAUGCCGCAUAUAUCGGAUGGUAGGACGUGGAUGACUCCCGAGAUUCUUACAGCGCUGGCAAAGAGAGUCGGCUUCUCGGGUUGUGUUGAGUUCCGGAUUCCGAAGGAGCAUGAAAGGCCUUGCGACGCUCCGCCGGGGUGGAUAUGCGUGUACGAAUGCUUUUUCACCGAGUUCGGGAUGAAAUUCCCUUUGCCUUUCUUGUUGCUGAGAUUUGCCGCCGAACGAGGUGUCGAUGUGAGGCAGUUGACCCACGGCGUAUUUCGCCACAUGAUUUUCACGGAAGCCUUAGCGAAGGCCGCGAACGUCAUGUUUGAUCGCCAUCUUUUUGAGAACGUCACGGAUCUUCGUGCCGGAUCCAAAUGGGAGGGAAAUUAUAAGCGUUUCCACACCGCGAUGAGGCACAAGAUCGUUUUCGGCGACUAUCGGGAUAAGAUCCCCGACUGGAUGCGUUAUUUCUUUUUCGUGAAGAUUAGCAAAGAUUCGGCCGGGAAAUUCAAGCCUGAACAAAUCAAGACCGAUUGGGUCACUUCGCCCGAGCCAUUAAGACGGGUGAGGCCGAGCAGCGCCCUUAAGGACAAAUUCAAAGCUUUGAGAGAUCUUAGUCAUAAGAUCUGGCCCGAGGUCGUGGAGAAACUCGAGAGGGAGAAGAGAGAGAGGAAGGAGAGGAAUGAAGGGAGAAGAAAGCCUGCUGUCCCCGUGACUCCAGUAUCCACGAGGUCGCCCCAACUUAAGAAGAAGCCAAUGGGUCUUAGGAAGAGGACCGCCGUGCCGAUUGACGACGUCGUCGUUGCUUCGGAGCCGGUGCUGAAAAAAAAGAGGGUUGGAUCUCCGAGGUUGAGGGACUCUCCUUCUCCUUCUCUCUGGAGUUCUUCCAUCGCGUCACGUACGAGGGCUUCGGCGAAGAGGACCUCGUCUCCUACUCCAAAAAAGGUUCCGGAGAGAGUGGUCGAGCUUGAUUCUCCUCCUUCGGACCGUGAUGGUGACGUACCUCGUCGAGAUGAGAGCGCUUCUCGUCGCGGCGACGACAUGAGGACUCCGCCAUGCGGUACUUCGCCAGUUCGGGAGGAGGAGUUCCUUACUUCCCGCGACGACGGUCCUUCGUUUGACCGAGGUGGUGGUCCGGAGGGAGAUGGAUCGCUUCGACGCCCUGAUGACGAGGCGGUUUCUCGUCGUUCGGAGGCACACGGUUCUGCUCCUGACCCGAAUCUUGAUGCUAAGGACGACGGCGUGCUACCAAAGACCGAACCUGAGGAUUACAAUCCUCAUGCAUUCAAGAUGCGGUGGUAUGGUGUCGGCCCUCUCAUGGAGGAUCGGGACGCUUGUGGAGGGAAGACUUGGUCUUCCAAGGUUCAUCCUACUUGGGGCAUCCCACGCGAAGGUCUGGCGUUUAGAGAUGAUUUUGACGAGGCGGAUCAGCAUCACGUCAUGUCUAGCGGGAAGUUUACUACGCUGGUCAAAAAGUAUUAA